GAAACGCGCACACACACAUGCACAGAGGGAGAGAGAGAGGGGGAGAGAGUGUGAGUGUGUUUUAGGCGCAGUCAGCACUAAACUCCUCCACUGUCUUGACUCGCGGACGGGACGCAGGGAGAGUGUGUUUGUGUGUGAAUGUGUGUGUGCGGUGCGCCAUGAGUGUGUGAGGUGAGCUCCAGCAUGCAGAUGAAGAGCAGAAACUCCGGCGUGGCAGGAGAAGGUUCUGCGGCCGGGCAGGAGCAGCUGAAGCCGGCGGAGCGGGAGACGCUGAUGAUGGAGCUCUCGCGGCGGGUGCAGGAGACCGUCAGACUCAGCAGCUGGUGGGAGAGGAGAGGCAUCGACUGCACCAUCCUCACUGCAGCCUUCAUCAGCCUGCCUGCGGGCUUUCUGCUGUUGUCUUCAUCGGAGCCGCUGUGUUUUCUGCUGGGUCUGCUGAUCAUGGGCUUUGCUCAUGCCGCCAUCACUGUGAAAGGGACUCAUCUGGCCAGUCACGGGGCCCUUAGCGAGUCUCCAGCCUGGACAGACUUCUGGGCCGUCUUCUUCAUCGAGGUGUGUGGGUCGUUCUCUGCACGGGCUGGUGUUCAGGCUCAUGUGAAGAUGCAUCAUGCUCACACUAAUGUCAUCGGUUUGGGAGACUCCAGCACCUGGAAAAUACCCUUCCUGCCACGAUCCGUCUACCUGUUUAUUGCGCCCCUCGCAGUCCCCAUCAUCACUCCUAUUGUCGCACUUGGUCAGCUGAAGGGUCAGUCUGUGUUCCAGAUCGUACGGACCAUCGUGUGUGUGUUUGUUGGUUUUUUCUCUCAGUAUUACUUGCUCAGGAGUGUAUCUGGACUGUCGUGGAGCUCUUCUCUGAUUGUUAUGCAUCUAUGUCGAGCAAUGUUCUCGCUGCCCUACAUACACGUCAACAUCUUUCAGCACAUCGGUCUGCCAAUGUUUUCUGCCACUAGUCGCCCCAAACGCAUCUAUCAGAUGACACACGGAGUCCUGAAUCUCCCCCGAAACCCACUGCUGGACUGGACCUUCGGACACUCGCUCAUCAACUGCCAUGUGGAGCAUCACCUUUUCCCAUUCCUCUCCGACAACAUGUGCCUGAAGGUGAAGCCCAUUGUGUGUGAGUAUCUUCAGGAGAAGAAGCUUCCGUAUCAGGAGGACGCAUACCUGUCCCGGCUGCGUCUCUUCUUCAACAACUAUCAGCAGCUCAUGGUGUUCGCUCCCCCAAUCACUGAACUGGUGGGAGUGCAGUGAGGAUGAGGAUGAAGAA